CGCGAGUGCGAACGGUCUUGUCUUUCGUUACGUUGGAAAUGUCGAGGAUUCUUGGUGCGUCACAGAGCGCACCAAGUUGAAAGAAAUUUCGCGCCAUGCGUUACAGAUUUCCGCGAAUAACUCAUUUUUACCUUUUACCUCAACCGAAACGAUAAUCGACAUCGAAUUCGUCAAUCUGACGAUGCAAUCGCAACAGGAACAACGACGCGAAAUCACUGCCGACUGUUGUUAUCAGCAAUGGUCGGCGCAUCAUUAUCAUCAUCAUCACCAUCAGCAUCAUCAGCAGCAGCAGCAACAGCAACAGCAGCAACAGCAGCAGCAACAACAACAGGAACAGCAACAUCACCAUCAUCACCAUCACCAGCAGCAGCAGCAGCAUCACCACCAACAUCAGCAUCUGCCGGUUGUACCAUCGCCGAUGCAACAAAUGGAAGCGUGCUUGCAAAGCGCCGGAAGGGUAAAGAGAUCUCGCAGUCCCAAUCGUCCGACGAAGGCCGUUUUGCCAAUUCCGAUCUCUCCAUCCGCCAGCGCAGCGGAAUCGCGCAACGACAGCAACAACAACAAUAGUCAUCACGGUGACCAUCAUCCGAGCGAGGGUGGUAGCGGUGGAAGAGCCGCCGCCGCCGCCGCCGCCGCGUCUUCCGCGGAGGAGUCGGGAGCGAAACGGCCGCUUCAUCCGGCGCUGCUCGGUGCCGGCGCCGCUCUGGAGGCGAAGCCGCUCUGGGAGGAAUUCCAUCAGCUCGGCACCGAGAUGAUCGUUACGAAAGCCGGACGAAGAAUGUUCCCUACGUUUCAGUGUCGACUGUUCGGCUUGGAUCCCAACGCCGAGUACCUGAUGGUGAUGGAUUUCGUCCCGUGUGACGACAAGAGGUAUCGAUACGCUUUCCACAGCAGUGCCUGGGUCGUGGCGGGUCGCGCCGAUCCCGUCUCACCACCCAGGAUCCACGUGCAUCCCGAUAGUCCUGCGAGUGGCGCUCAUUGGAUGAAGCAGCCAAUUUCCUUCGACAAGUUGAAAUUGACCAACAAUCAGCUCGAUGAUAACGGACACAUUAUCUUGAACUCGAUGCAUCGCUAUCAGCCGCGCUGCCACGUGGUGGUCGCUCCCUCGCCGCCGGGCUCAGCGCCAGAUCCCCGCACGGAGAACUUCAAGACGUUUUCCUUCCCGGAGACUAGGUUCACCGCGGUGACUGCGUAUCAGAACCAUCGGAUAACGCAGCUGAAGAUCGCCAGUAACCCGUUCGCCAAGGGCUUCCGAGAUUGCGAGUCGGACGAGUGCGAUGGCGUGUCGUCCGUCGGCGGGAUGGCGACGAAUCCCGCCAAGAGGACGGCGGCCAUAGGAACCGCCGCAGCCGCGAGUGCCACGCAAAGUGCCGCUGCCGUCGCCGUCCUUCCGUCCACCGGUGCUGCUUACAAUACGGCGAUGCCGGCGCCGAUGCAGAUUCCGGCUGUUGUACCUGCCUCCAUUUCUCAGGAGCAUCAUCAUCAGUUUUACGGCGCGGUAGCCGCAGCAGCUGCGGCCGGUAGCCAUUGGACGCAUUAUCCGACUCAUCAUGGACAGUCGUCGGUCCAUUAUUCGACACACCCGCAACAUCCGCAUUCGGGCGCGUCUCUCUACGGACCGCGAUAAUCGCGAUCGUCGCGAGUCGAGUUUCCUUGUUUCUAUCUAUUGAAACAACUUUUCAUUUAUAUUUUAGAAAAACGCGUUUGAAUAGGAAAUGAAACGUUUGCGCGUGUUCAGAUGCUUUUCUGAAGCGACAAACAUCUCGUCGUCGAAUAACUUUUAACUCUCGAUCAAGAGUGGAAUUUCUCUAUUCUAUGAAAUAUCUCUCGUAUUUUUAUAUCGAUUGGACCACGAAGGAUCCAACGCUUUCUUCGUGGAUCCUUGGUAAAAAUCUCUCAAUCGUCUUUUUUAUGAUUCCUCGUCUUUACGAGGAAACGUAAUGCACGUGCCGACGACUUUAGAUGUACACUAAAAACGUAUGUACAUACGUGAUCGCCAAAAGUUUAGGUUUUCAUUCGCGUUCGUUGCGCGUUUCGAAUUUCUUACUUCUCACGUCCGAAACAGACAGUGCCAGUGGGGGUUCACUCGUUAUCGAAAGCCAAACCCCCAUCGUUCGCGAUCGGCUUCCUUUUUAAGUCGAUUGAAAGGAUUUAUAUUUAUGUAUAUUUUUGCUUACGUAUAACGACAUUUUUCGAUUUAAGUAUAUUUAAGUAUAUUUAAUUGAUUGAGAAAGUAAGAUAUAGCAAUUGAUAAAUCACGUAGUCUCGUUGACGCGUUAAUGUGUAAUUUAAUUGUGACCAAAGAUUGUGUCGAUAUCCAAUUUUUAAAUUACGAUUCAAGUGCAAUAAAACAGUUCUCUGUCGUCGCCCGACUCAUCUAUUUAUAUUUUAUACGUGUGUAUAUUACAUAUACACAUAUAUGUGGUGAUAUUAAGCGAGAGUAAUAAUUAGUUAGUUAGCCAUAGCGAUACGCGCAUCUCAAAAUCGGUACGACGUAUCGACAUACUUUUACAAAAUGCUGACGUGUCUGUGCACGCACGCGUUACUAAAAUAUUAUCGACAAAGAGAACUACGAAACCGAUACCGAUGUAAUCGAUACCGCAAAUCUCUUUUUAUUUAUGAUUGAUGAAAAAACAAUAUAUACAUAUAUAUCUUCUGCACGUAAAUUUUUUUCCAGCUUGUUGGAACUAAUUUACGUGUUUUGAGAAAUAAAUCGACCGAUCAAAGUUACCGAAGAGGCAAAGUUGCGGAAGAUCGUGGGGGAAGUAAGUGCCUUUUGUAGGAGCAAAGUGCGUCUAUUUAUACUAGGUGUCUCAAAUGCCGAACGAGCCUAAAACGUUCUCGAGCCAAGACGGGAAAGUAAACGCGCCGUGACACUUGGUGAGAGUAACGUGGUUACCAAGUGCCUUAAUAAAUUAUACCGCUCGGAUAUCGUACCAUUGUGCCUUGAACUUUUUAAGAGUCCCCAUUUGGUGGCAUACGACAGUGUGGCCAGCUGAGAAGGGACGUUUUACGAUCAAACGAGGAAUAAACGCUCGAGAAUAACGCAAAACAGCGUACAAUUUAUUUAUUACUCCCAAAUUCUCUUUCCACACUCCUCCGCUUUUCCUACGAAAUCGAAUCCAUAUUUGAAACGACUCUCCGCCGCCGACCUUCCUUCUUCGAUUCGUUAAAUUCGUUAAUUAUACAAUGUAUAUUAUAAUAAUUUAAUUUUAAUUACUUAUAAUUAUAAGCUCUCGUUAGAAAUUUAACGUCACAAUUUUAUGCCUGUAAUAAUUUCAUGACGGAAAAAACACAUUGUACACCUUUUUUAUUAUCUACGGACCUACAACAACCAAAAUAUAUAUUAAUGAUAAUAAUGUGCAGGAACAUAUAUAAUAUUAUAUUCGAUAAGAGGGACAUUUUACGUUUAGUAAAUAUUAUUUGAGACUUG